GCGGUCAUGGCGAAAAAUGUGCUGUACCGCCGUCUCCUGCUGCUCCGGACAGUAUUCCACUCUGUCUUCCUGCUGUCUAAUGCCGCGAUCCUGCUGCACACUGUGGUGGUGAUGGUGCGGAAGACCAGCGAGCCCGGAGUCAGCGAGCACUUGCUGGACAUGCGGGAUAAUGCGCCAGCAUUCCUCACUAAUUGGAAUAUGGCAUUCCAGAUGACGUUUCUGAUGAUAGCAGUGUACGCAGACUGCCUGGAGUGGAUUGACCGCGGGUGGAGGCUCAGAAAGUUGGAACAAGCCCGUGAUGUGAUCUUCUGUGCUCUAGUUUUGCCAUAUGGGGUGUUCGUCACGAUACAUUUCUGGGUGGCCUACUCCAUCAACCGGGAGCUGGUGUUCCCUCGCAUCUUCGACGACGCGCUGCCGUGGAUGUUCAACCACUGCGUGCACACCACCAUCGCUGUGGUGAUGGUGCUGGAGAUUCUGCAGCACCCGCGGACUUAUCCCACCAACCGCAAAUACGAGGAGGCUCUGUACUGGACCGUCACCUUCGUCUAUUCUGCCAUGAUCCAAAUACUGCACUUGGCGACUGGACAUUGGCUGUACAAGAUCUUUGACCUGAUGAACUGGUGGAAGUUGAUCCUCUUCCAUAUCUACAUUUUCCUGUUCCCGUACAUCUUCUACCACCUGCAGUUCCCACUGAACCGCCUUAUCCAUGGCUCGGCAGAUUACCAACACUGCGUGGAUUAUUCACCAGCAUCUAAGGAAAUGUGUAUUGAAGAAGAGGAUUUACAGAAGUAA